GCCGCGGCCGGAGCACACGGUGCCGCCGCUCGGCCGAGGAUGCUCCGGGGCUUUUGUUCCCCUGCGGCAGCCUUUGGGAGGACUCUCGUCCUGACUCGGUGAAGGCUCCUUCUCCCUCUUCCCCCAAGCCCUCGUCCCUCCUCGGCGAGGCUGCCCACGCAGGAGGGCUUUAAAAUCAGCCCUCUCCCGUGUGUGUGUGUGAAGUUGCUGACAUGACUGCUGCUGGGUCCCGGUGCACCAGCAGCGGCAGGGAGCCGGAUUUAAAGGGGAAUUGUGCUGCAGACAAUGCACAGCAGCAGCAUCUGGAGCAGCCCUGGGGACUGGAGCUCCGGUUUUGACAUUGCUACAUACACACAGCACCAGCCGCAAUGACAGCAGCUGCUUGGAGUGGCUGCAGGCAGCAGGCAGGAGCAUGAAGUAAAGAGAUCACUGCAGUGCUCAAGAUGAACUCCUCUUUGGUUGGCAACCAGAGUGGCCGGCCCUUCUGCCUCCUGGCCAUUAGCUAUUUGGAGACCAUCAAUUUUUGCCUCCUGGAAGUGGUUAUUAUUGUGUUCCUCAUGGUGCUGAUUAUUUCAGGCAACAUUAUUGUGAUAUUUGUCUUUCACUGUGCACCUCUGCUGAACCACCACACCACCAGCUACUUCAUCCAGACCAUGGCGUAUGCUGACCUCCUGGUGGGCGUGAGCUGUCUGGUGCCUUCUUUGUCUCUGCUGCACUACCCUAUUGUUUUAAGUGAGUCCUUGGUUUGCCAAAUCUUUGGGUAUGUGGUAUCAGUGCUGAAGAGUGUCUCCAUGGCCUCUUUGGCUUGCAUUAGUAUUGACAGAUACAUUGCCAUCACAAAGCCACUUACCUACAACACGCUGGUUACCCCAUGGAGACUUCGAAUCUGCAUACUGAUCAUUUGGCUGUACUCCUGCCUGGUCUUCUUACCCUCCUUUCACUGGGGAAAGCCUGGAUAUCAUGGGGAUGUGUUUCAGUGGUGUGCCAAUUCCUGGAACACCGAUCCCUAUUUUACCCUCUUCAUUGUGGUGAUGCUCUACGCCCCGGCUGCUUUCAUCGUCUGCUUCACUUACUUCAACAUCUUCCGCAUCUGCCAGCAGCACACCAAGGAGAUCAACGAGAGGCGAGUGCGCUUCAGCUCUCAGGAUGGGGAGGCUGGGGAGGCGCAGCCCUGCCCCGACAAGCGCUAUGCCAUGGUUCUUUUCCGCAUCACCAGUGUCUUCUACAUCCUCUGGUUGCCCUACAUCAUCUAUUUUCUGCUGGAGAGCUCCAAUGUCUAUAGUAACCGCGUUGCAUCCUUCUUGACCACUUGGCUUGCCAUUAGCAACAGUUUCUGCAACUGUGUCAUUUACAGUCUCUCCAACAGUGUCUUUCAGAAGGGGCUUAAGCGUCUCUCGGGGGCUAUUUGUGCCUCCUGCGCUAGACAGAGGGUAGCUAAGGACUCCUCUACCUCUAGGAGCAAAAGAUCUUCCAAUGGAUGUCACGUCUAAGACGCCUGUCAGCUGGACUGGGAAGUGCAGGGACAAUUCUGUAAAUUGCAAAAUAAGUUAAAUAUGAUUUUAAGAUGUCCAGAUUUGCAAAAAGGUUUCUGAGAAAUGCUGCUGACAUAGAAGAAUCAGGAGCACAUAUCAUUGUGAUUUCACUUUAAAAAAUUAUUUCUGUGGAGGAGGCUGUGGAGUUUCACCUCCAUAUUCAUUUUUAAGAAUAAAGCUGUAUCUUGACACUUACCUCUCCAGCUGGUGUGACUGAAUGGAGUGGGUGUCUGAGAGCUUCGGCAAAAUGUAGUCUUUCUUACAGCUUUACUAGGUUCUUUCGAGAUUCGUGCUUCACAUGCAAAUGAUAGAUCUGAAGUGGAAAUGUCACAGUAUAUGGUAUAUUACAGGGAUUUUUUAAUAUAUGCCAAAGUAUAUUGACACAAUGUUCCAGCAUCGUAACAGAAGGGGCCAAAAAUUUGUUUUUCAGUGCUACCUAGAGAGGACUUCUAGAACAGUAGUGAACAUUUCAGUGUGAACCUAAAGUCUUACUGAGCCAUGAGUGCAGCGAUGUGAUCUGAACAGUCAUACGCUUAGGAGGACUGAUCUGGCUUCUGUGCCCCGUUUCUCUGGUAGGAUGCAUGUGUGUGAUCAGAGUACGGCAUCUGCAUUUUCCUGUUUGUUGUGAAGUAAGAAGAAAAACUUGGAUCAGACCAAAUUUAGCAGUUAAAUAAAAUGUGUUUUGAUAAGCUAAGAGAAAAUACAUGUCGCUUUAUGAUACCAGAGUUGUGGCAGCCACUCGAGGAUGAUGCCAACAUGUGAAAAUUAUUCUCAAAACAGUGGAGAAAUGCCACGGUUUUGUAUGUGGAAAUUUUCUCAAGAACAACUUUAAAAAUAAC